CUGAGGCUCAUCUGCCGGCUACAUCCUCCUAGGAAUUAUCACAACUCUUCUUGUGUGAGACUGCCGUGACUCCUAAACUUCUCGUCUUACCAUGCACCGUGCAGCGCUGAGGAUGCUGAUGUCCCUCCUCGCCCUGUGUGCUUACACUCUAAUACCUGGAGCAUCUUCUUAUGUCAUGAUGACUAACUCCAACUCUAACUCCAUCAAGAAUGUACCUGCAGCACCAGCUGGGCAACCUGUGGGCUUCUACCCAGUCAGUGUCAGUCCGGACUCUUUCUAUGAAAUGGCCAACAAAUACCAACCUUUUGAUACCUACCCGAUGUACACUUGCACAGAGGAUGAUGACUGUGCCCUGGAUGAAUUCUGCCAUAGCUCUAGGAAUGGAAACAACAUGGUCUGCCUGGCAUGCAGGAAACGUAGGAAGCGCUGUCUCCGGGAUGCCAUGUGCUGCAUUGGCAACUACUGUAGCAAUGGAAUCUGUGUGCCAGUGGAGCAAGAUCGUUUCCCAUAUCACGGGUACAUGGAAGACUCCAUAAUGGCCACCUACAAUACGGACCAGGCCACAGUGGAUGCAAACACCAAAUUCACUACAUCACCCUCUGGGGUGCAGCCCUUUAAAGGUCGUGAUGGUGAUGUGUGCCUCAGGUCAUCAGACUGUGGACCAGGGCUUUGUUGUGCUCGCCACUUCUGGUCAAAGAUCUGCAAGCCUGUCCUAGAGGAAGGUCAAGUGUGCACCAAGCACAGGAGGAAGGGCACGCAUGGGCUGGAGAUCUUCCAGCGCUGUCACUGUGGAUUAGGACUCUCCUGCAAGUUACAAAGAGGAGAGUUCACCACGGUGCCCAAAACCUCCAGACUUCACACCUGUCAGAGGCACUAAGAGGCCCCCUUGGACUUUGCGUUGCAUUAAGCUCGGACUAUGCUAGCAGCUGGCACACCCUAUGGAUGUACCCACCUGUACCCAGCGCAAUAAUGAGUACUCUGGCUGCCCAUCUCCCAUCCAGGGUCACACGAAUUGUUUCUUUUUACGGAACUGCACUUUAUUCAGUGUUUGCAGUAAAUUACUGUGUUGUAAAUAGAUUGCAACUCUCGGUUGUACAUAUUUAUAAAAGGAGCUACUAAACUUGUUUGCCUACCUUGUAUGUUUGUACACCCCCGCUCUUUUUCCCUAUAUGCCUUUUCUAUGGUACCUUUGAUGUAUGUUUUAGGGUCUCUGCAUUUUUAUUUUUAAUAAAAUAUUAUGAAAAAUGA